AUGACCCGGGCACUCGGUGUACGAUAUCUCUGGAUCGACUCGCUCUGCAUUGUUCAACCGCACUUAGCCCACUGGGAUACCGGCCUCGAGGACUGGAACGUCGAAGCGAAGAAGAUGGAGACAUACUAUAAUCUAGCGUAUUGCACCAUUGCCGCCACGUCCGCAAGCGGGUCGUCAGAUGGGUUUUUGAAGCCCCGAAAAGCCGCCGACUUUGUCAAGUUGCGUGGGAAGUUCAGCAGUCCGUUAUAUGUCUACGAGAACAUUGAUCAUUUUGAAGACGACGUUAUGGAAGGGGGCUUGAACAAGCGCGGCUGGGUCUUCCAGGAGCGAGCGUUGUCGCGUCGAAUCAUCCACUUCACGUCCACUCAGACGUAUUGGGAAUGUGGGAAAGGUGUGCGGUGCGAGAGCCUGGGAAAAAUGAGCAAUCCAAGAGCGCUCCUGAUGUCCGAUGCUCAUUUUCCACACUUUGUGGAAAACCGACCGGGGAAAAGCCAAAUGCGACUGUUUCAAGAGCUGUACACCAAAUACACGACUCUUGACUUAACAUCACCCAGUGACCGGUCAGUGGCGGUUCUUGGCCUGGAGGAACGACUGUCUCGCGUGUUUAGGACAGACGCGCAGUACGGCACCGUCCAAAACUACCUCCACCGUAGUCUUCUUUGGCGACGGCGCCAGGACAAACUUCAUCCUAUUGAAUAUCCCGGAUAA